AAAUUCUCUGAAUGUAGCUGAAACCAAUGCUCUAGUGUUUGCCAGUCAGGUAUGUUGUUUCUCAAAAAUUGAUAAUAAUAAUGGUGAUAUUAUUACUGUUGGCUUAAAUAUCCAUUUGUUAUUUUGCACUUUUCAGGCAUCUAAUUAUUUUAAUAUAUCUUUAGGAAGUAUAUAUAACAUAUUUAUGUUAAUUCUUUGCCGCUUUAGUGGCAGCUUAUUCUUAGAAGUGAUAAUAUGUGUAAUAUUUCAUUCUUAUUAUUUGUGUUACAGUAAAAUUAUGCUAUAAAAAUGUCACUCCAUCAAUUUUUCUUCCACAAUUUCACUUGGCUUCGCUUUGUGCAGUAUUGAAAAUUUCUCAUCCAUGGAAUGGUAAGCGUGCAUGUGUAUUUGGAAACAACACUCACAACAGUCUCUAACACAAAAUUAUUGGUGUCUGUGAUAUGAUUUACUUUUCUAGGAGGAUACUCUAUUCUCAGGUUGUGGAGAUAACAAUAUCUACAUGUGGGAUUUGGACUCAGGAACCUGUAAGGUGAUACAAGUUUUGUUUCAAAUGAAAUAUUUAUUGUUUAAUAUUCAUGGCUAGUAAGGUGUCCAAUAGCCAGUGGGCAGAGCUAUUAUUUCCUUUCUAAUAAGCUGUCGGAGGGGUAAGACCUCAAUCCUGCUUCCCAUACCAUACUCUCCUGCCUCCUGAAUCAAUCUUUGGCUCCUGACGUCCACCCUUUUUCACAUUGCUCCCCAGGUUAAUAAUGUAGCAGUUUAGGGAAAAAAAAAGCCCUUAGUGAAUUCAAUAAACUGCUUCUUAAUUUUUAUUGUCUUGGUUGUACUUGUAAAAAGCAAAAUGAGAAUUUGAUUUUACAUCAAGAGCCACUUGAAAAAUGAGAAAUUGAUAUUACAUCAAGAGCCACUUGGGACAGUAUUACAGUUGUAUAUAUGUACCUCUGCCAGUUCUUAGCGAUUUCAAAACCCAUGUUAUUCUUAAAGCUGUGCCAGGAUGUACCAUUCAUAGGAAUUUCGUCUUUUUGUUUGGUUUGUCUGCUGUUUGAUAAUUUGCUAAAUGUUAUUAGUAAAAUCCAACUAGUGGUCUAUUAUCAAUGCUGCAUUCUGAUUGGUUGAGCUACUACUAGGCUAUAUGUAAUAGCCCACUAGUAGCGAAAAGUGCAGGCUUUUUGGCGGCAAAAAAGGAUUAAAGUCUAGCUUUAAUUAGCUAAAAUUUUUUUAUUCUCGAUAUAUUUGACCAACUAGUUGGAUUUUACUAAAACAAUUAUUCCUGUCGCCCUCAUGGUCUCUGAGUCAAUAGCCCAUUCGGCCUUCGGCCUCAUGGCCUAUUGACUCAGAGCCCAUUCGGGCUUGAGGAAUAAUUGUUAAAUAUACCUCUUGAAAAUGUCACUGGCUUAGCUAGCUUGAACUUCAAUUUCAUUUCUCUUCUAACUUCCUUAAUUCUGACAGAGAGGUUGAUUUGUUCAGUUUUCAAAACUGUAGGUACAAUAUAAUGUUAUAAUAAUAAUUAUUUUUUUAUGAAUUGGUUUUAUUUUAAUCUUUGAUAAUUCUCUUGUACAUUGUUCUAGAAUACCCUCACCGGUCACAGGGAUUAUAUUCAGUGUCUUUGCCUCAGGACAAAACACAGCCAGUGUGUUAGUGGAGCUGAAGACGGCACUGUGAGAUUAUGGGGUUAGCAGAUUUGCAAUCUACUCAUCUGUUGAAACCUAUUGUAUCUGGACUUGUUGUUGUUAUAAUCUUUUAUAGGAACAUGAAAACUAAAAAUAUUCAUACAGGGAACCCCACAUUACACAUGACAAUAAAUUGUAUGACCACAUCAUUUUCGCCCACAAGAUCAUUUUGAAAGGGUCAUGCUAUAGAAGUCGUGUCAUGUUUGUAGAGAAGUGAUUGAAACUUAGAAUUAAAGGGAAUACUUUUAUCUCUGUUUUCAGAUUACAGAACCAAAGGAACACUCACAGGUUUAAUAGAACCAUGCAAAAAUGAGGUACAGAAGUGAAUUUAACCAGGUUAUAUCUAUGGUGUAUUAAUACGAACAAGUUAUUGACAAACUGAAGCAAAACUGAAAACAAUAGAGUGACUGGACAAACCAACAAUUUGACCAAGAAAAAAAGUGUUCUACCAUGCAUGCACCACUCACAUUUUAGAGACUUUUUAGCUAAUAAUCACAGCUUAACUGACAGAUGACCAAUAACAAUGAGUGUUAAUAGACCAAUCAGGUCAAUAACCAGAGGUUAAUACCAUCAACCUAUGGGAUACAACUCAUUCUGACCCUGAGCAUGACUAUCAUGCAGUCCAGGAUAUUGUAACGUCAAUCACUGUCAACAACAGCUCUUUUUAGUUCUAAUCCUAUUCAGUCCUUAUCCGCUUCCUUAUGUCAUCGCUCCUGGGCUUAAACCAUUCACAGAACUAUACUUUGAAUUUAGGCAGGAUUAGCACAGUCGGUAGAGGGCUUGACUGAAGAGCGGGAGGUCACGGGUUUGAUUCCCGGGGCCAGACCAUCACUCAGGGUCUUAAAAUAACUGAGAAAUGAAGGUACUCCCUUUGCACUGCAGGUGGUUGGACCUUUGCGUAACUCAGAUGACCACGAAAAAUUGCAUACCCACCUCCAGUAGGAGACGUAAAAAUAGUGUCUUCAAUUAAUACUUUCGUGCUAAAUACAUUGGCACUCAAAUAAAUGUUGUUUUUUUUGAAAAAACAAUGCAGUUCAGUCAUAAACCUACCAUGAUCAUCAUUUUUUGACAUUUUAAUUACUGUAUUGUUGAAAAUGUUAUCACUGCAGGACAUUCACAGACCCCAGUUAGGUUCCUGGAUUGGGUGUGUCAGUGUAGAUGAGAGCCAAGAUUGGUUGGUAAGUGACUGAGUCUUCUUAAACCUACAUGUAUAUCAGUCUGUAGAAAUGAUGUAUGCUCAUUGGUAGAGCAAAAGAGUUAUUGUCUACACGAGUAUUAUUAAAUAACAGAAUUGGCACCAUCACACAUGGUGCUAUUUGUUAAGUGCAUGAUUUUCCAGUCACCUUUGCCAGUCAACCAGAGCUCAAUCUUUUUUAACACUAAACCAUUCACUUGAAACAGACCCUGUAAACCCCAAUUAAUGUCCAAACUCUCUGAACAGAUCCCCAUCAAUUUCCUUAAAGAAUUGGAUGAGAGAAUUUGAUAAAAGAUCAAAGCAUUUUCUCUUUAGUGAUCAUAUUGUUAAUUCUCAAUACCUUUUCUCUUGAUGAUUCAUAGAUGAUUUAGGAGAAAAUUUAUGUUUGACACUCUAGCAAUGAAAUUAAAUGAAAAAUGUGCAAAAUUUAGCUGUUUCAUCUCUAGUAAACUUUGAAAUAACUUUACUGUUGAAUACAAACGGACCAGGGAUGGUAUUGGAUUAUUAUACAAAAACAAGAAAUUUAAUAACUAGUACGACAAUCUUGUGAAGUAAUGUUUACACAUAACUGUUUAUUAAAAAAGAUAUAUUGUUUACAAAUAUAAACAACAAUUCUCCUUUAUCAAACUGUCAGGGUCAAGGGAAUAAUGAAUGAGAUGAUAAUAAUAUUAGAUUAUAAUGCAGCAUGCAAGGGAAAGUUGAGUCUAAUAGCCCAGGGCUAGUGGAUUUUGCUACCAGCCCAGGUAAUUGCCAGUUGAUGGGCAAUUGAAGUUUUUUGGAGAAUUCCAAUACAGAAGAACUGUAAUCAAUAUACAGGUGUAUAAUAUCAAUUGCUCAUCAAUGGGCUAGUUAAUAUGACUCUCGAGAAAGUACGCUGUACAUGCUAGCAACAUUCUGGCAUUGUUAGCCUAACAAGGGUAAGGGUUAUCACUCUCACCCCCACCCUUAUCCUUGGUCCUACCCUUACCCUCGUUUUAGCAACACUGAGCUACAGCUUGCGUAGUAGAACUGACUUUCUUUGCACCCUGUUGUAAUAUUGUAAUUUUAUAUUUUCUGUGUCAAAUAAGGUUUGUGGCGGUGGUCCAUCCCUAUCUGUGUGGCAUUUGAGGUCCAUGGCUUGUACAGCUGUUCUUAGAACUGAAUCUUGUCAGCAAACAGCACUCUUUCACAAUGAUCUUGUAAGUGGCUUCAUAGUUUUCUGGUAUUGGUCACUGGAAAUUCACAAAAGGAUAUUAGGUUCUCUUAUUUUAAUAAACAAACAUUUUGAUUGGUUAACAUAAAGCGAGGCUGGAACACAGGGAGAGGAAAGGAGAGAUGGAAUGCUCUGCUUCAAAAAAACUACAGCCUCUUCAACGCAGUUAAUAAAAUAAUAUAAUUAUUUUGAUUUGAAGUCCAGGGUCUGAUUGGGGUUGACCCUAACUAUAUAAAGGGUAACAGUUACCAUAUUGCCUCUUUAAUGUAGUUAGGGUCAACCCCAAUCAAACCCUGGACCAAAUUAUGCACAGGACCGAUUUAUGCAGAAAGUAAUAGUUCAUUUACUGAGCUAUUGCUGUCUGCACAAUUUGGUCCUAUGCAUUCUGACCAGUCACCCUUAUGCAACCCGCUAUGUUUCUGUUAUAAUCAUCCAAGGUGACAACAUUAGUUAUCAUAUUGAUCAUUCAUAAGUCAUAUGCAGUGGAACCUCUAUUCAGGAGACACCCUCUGGACCGAGGCAAGUUUUCCCUGAAUAGAGGUUGGGCUGGGGUUUGUUAAUAAUAAUAUUAACCAGCAAAGAAAACAUACAGAAAUCAUCAUUAACUUAUCUCUGUGACAUUAUAAAGUUGAAUUCACUAACAAGUCAAUUUCAUUGAUUUAAGUGAGACAGUUCAGUUUGUGUAAGCUUCCACAUUUGUGAUUAGUGCACACCUGAAGAUAUCAACCCCCUUUGUGGUCAAACACUUUUUGAGUACUAAGGUGUCCCCUGAAUGGAGGUUAAACUCGGGUCUCAGAAAAAGUGUCCCUUUCCCCUGAAUAGAGGUGUCCCUUCAACAGAGGUAGUGUUUCAAAGGAGAGGCUCCAGUGUAUUACAGUCAAACCGGCAAAACCAUGAACACUUGAAAUAUUUCAGAAAUGUUUAUUUUGAAAAAAUGAAAGAUGGUAAAUUUUAAGCUCAGUGAAAUAAAUGUGAAAAUGAAAUGAUCAGCAUGUCAUGAGCGUGGAACAAAGAAAAAAUCUAAGUCCCCGACAGGAUGUGAUUAGAUUUUUUCUUUGUCCCAUGCUCAUGAAAUGCUGAUCAUUUUAUUUUCACAUUUAUUUCACUGAGCUUAAAAUUUACCAUCAUUCAUUUUUUUGACCACACAGUGCGACAUUGACACUGCUGAUCCUUGCAGAAAGGCAGGACAAGUGUCAAAUAUGAACCUAGUAUAUGGCCUCGCUCUCCGUGAGUUCUCCAUAGCUCCAGUGGAUAGAGUGCCCACCCUGUGUGUGGGAGGUCAAAGGUUCGAAUCCCGUUGGGGACUUAGAUUUUUUCUUUGUCCCAUGCACGUGACAUGUUGAUCAUUUCAUUUUCACAAUGUUUAUUGUGUUACAACCAAUCACAGUAAAGAUCAAGACAUGCCACAAAACCACAAACUAAAAUGUUCUUGCUUUCAGUUUAGUUUCUCACGCCAGGCUUUUUCUUGCAACACCAUAUCAUUCCAGAAAUAUUUCUGGUGUUCAUGGUUUUCCUGGUUUGACUGUAAAAUUGAAAAACUCCAUUUAUUGCUGGACAUAGUUUGUUCUUGUAAUAAUAUUAUUUUUGUUUGACUCGACACUUCAUUAUUUGUAUGUCUAUACAGUAUUAAUUUAAUCAAAGAAAUAUUUAAUGCAGUGUUUUUGUAGCCUGAUUCUCAGACAUCCGAGGUAGUUUGCGGUCUCUUCACAAUUCCUUCCCUCUCAAGAGGGAGGCAAGUGAAGGGACUGUGAACGACCUCGGACGUCUGAGAAUCAGGCUAGUGUUUUUGUUGCUAGAUUCUCUCUGCUGGAUCAGAGCCACAUGUUUUCCACUGGCAAAUAAAUGGUGACCCUAAAACACAUGUACCCUGUACCCCCAAAUCAGUUUUUGCCUUACAAGUCAAUGACAAGUCCCCUAAGAACAAGGUAAUGAUACUUUAUAACACUAGAGAGCUUAAGUAAUGAUAAUGGCAAAAGCAGCAAGAACUUGUCUAUGAAAAUAAAUUUGCCACAGUUUUUCACAUGCCAUGGUGAUUAUUCCAACACGCUCAAAAUGACAAACACAGACCGUGAAUUUUCCAGGAGUUGUUUUCUUAGGGACUUCAAUCAAGUAAGAUGAAAAAAAUUUGUUCUUUUGUACAAUGUGUUGUACAGUAUAGUAUAGUAUAUCUUUAUUGCGCCUUACUCUCCAAAGGGAGGCAUCGGUCUAGUUACAAUGAAGGUUUUUUCAACUACAACAAAUUUAGAAAGAAAGAAAUAUGAACGGAAACGACAAAAUUAUGCUGCAUAUACCAUGUCGAUAAUAAUUAUACUAUAAUUUUAUUACCUAAUUAAUUGGAUUUUUGACUCAGGAACUGUUUUUGUUUUUGAAACAUUAGAUGGGCAUAUUUGGCUAUAAUAUGUGAGGUUUUGUCAUUUUCCAAUCUGAGUGUACAGUUGAAGCUCUCCUCAACGGUCACCUUGGGGACAGAAGAAAGUGGCCGUUUGUAGAGAGAUGCCUGUUAGAGGAGGUUGGACUGUAGGUCCUCAAGAACUAAGAUUUAAGAGAAUUUCAUGUCACAGUUGGCAGAGGACAGAUGAGAAAUGUACAAAAUUUGUGACACACGUGCAAAGUUGUUUUUUUACCCUAUCAAACACACAUUUAUUGCAGCUUUGUUAAGUCUCUCUUGUGCUUUUUCAUGUAGGAACAGUUAUAAUAAAAUAAUGUACCUUUAAUAGGAGUUUUUAAACUCCUAUUAAUUACAUGAACAACAACAACAGAGACCCUGUAAAUGAAGUUGAUUGAUCAAACACACAAAAAUUUUAUGAAAGUACAUCUAGACAACUGAGUCAUGACAGGACAAUUUUAUUGAAUCUAACCAGAGACAUUGUUCACAAUAAUCAUUUGUAUUUACCCCCACCAUUAGUCAAGUUUCAAAUUCUCUGCUGCUAAACACCCCUUCUCUAGCAUGGGAGCAAGGAGGCCCUGCCGACGGGGUCCCAUAUCACCCGUCUGAAUUUUAAAAUGUCUCGUGUUGGUGUUUAUAAAUGCUUGUUGCUUAUUGUCGGCUUUGCCGUCACUGUCGCAGUUUAGCUGAGGGAUGUUGUCUCUUUUCGCGAUUUCAUUUUACACGCUGUCGCUACUUUUUGGGCCAUGUCGCCUGUUGGAAUUUACCCUGGCAGGGCCUCAGCAAGUCUUUACAGGUUUUAUAGUGAGGUUCCUCUCCCAAGCCUAGCCUGAAGAGCUAGCCAUCUUCCUCAUUCCAACCGCCAAGGGGUAAGGAGUAGCUGACACUUCACUUAGCCCCAUUUCUCUUUGUGGAAAUUCAAAAGAUUACCUAACAUGAUAGUACCGGUAAUAUCCUCCCUCAGUUGUAACACCUUUUCAUUUUUCCUCUAAUCAGGUUCUUGCAGUUGGUGGAAGCUCCGCUGAUAUUGAUGUCUUUACAAACUUUGGAUACAGAGCUCUCUCUUUAAAAUUUUGCCAAUAAAAGUAGUGAAACAG